CACAUUGCUAGAUGUAAAGGCCAUAAUCCCUAGACUAAGAAGGCCUCCAGUUGGGAAAGGAGUCUCAGCCACGGUGGACAGGAAAAUUUUAUAGAAGCACAAGAGCCUGAGGGAGUAGCUGAGGAGACGACAGAGAUGGGGAGUGGAAUCAGUGCAGAGGAUAAAGAGCUGGCCAAGAGAUCCAAGGAACUAGAAAAGAAGCUGCAGGAGGAUGCAGACAAGGAAGCAAAGACUGUCAAGCUGCUGUUGCUGGGUGCUGGGGAGUCAGGAAAGAGUACUAUCGUCAAGCAGAUGAAGUGAGUAGAAACAAAGCCCCAAAGGACUUAGGGAGUCAUUAAUGAAGCCAGUGAAGGUACUUGGAAUCAAUAGGCUCUUUAGCCUGAAGGAACCCAGGUAUUUUAAAGGAUCUGAUUUCCAGUGCCUCAACCCCUUCACCCUGCACUUGGUGACAGGGGUUUUUAUGAUCUUCUAAAUCCCCUUAGAUUCCCAAUCCCUUAGAUCUGGUUACUUAGGUCCAGCUAAAAGCCGGAUGUCUGCCCCUUAAGGAUCAUUCAUCAGGAUGGCUAUUCACCAGAAGAAUGCCUAGAGUUCAAGUCUGUCAUCUAUGGGAAUGUGUUACAGUCCAUCCUGGCCAUCAUCCACAGCAUGUCCACACUGGGCAUUGACUAUGCUGAUCCAAGCUGUGCGGAUGAUGGGCGACAGCUCAACAACCUGGCUGACUCUACUGAGGACGGAACCAUGCCUCCCGAGCUGGUAGAGGUCAUCAGGAAAUUGUGGAAGGAUGGUGGAGUGCAAGCCUGCUUCGACAGAGCUUCAGAGUAUCAGCUCAAUGAUUCAGCAUCUUACUACCUGAAUCAACUGGACCGGAUUACAGAUCCUAGCUACCUCCCUAAUGAGCAAGAUGUGUUACGAUCCAGAGUCAAAACCACAGGCAUCAUCGAAACAAAGUUUUCUGUCAAAGACUUGAAUUUCAGGAUGUUUGAUGUGGGAGGGCAAAGAUCAGAAAGAAAGAAGUGGAUCCACUGCUUUGAGGGAGUCACCUGCAUCAUUUUCUGUGCAGCCCUCAGUGCUUAUGACAUGGUGUUGGUAGAAGACGAUGAGGUGAAUCGUAUGCAUGAGUCUUUGCAUCUGUUCAACAGCAUAUGUAACCACAAGUUCUUUGCUGCUACUUCCAUUGUCCUCUUUCUCAACAAGAAGGACCUUUUUGAGGAAAAAAUCAAGAAAAUCCAUCUCAGUAUUUGUUUCCCAGAGUAUGAUGGAAACAACUCCUAUGAGGAUGCGGGGAAUUAUAUCAAGAAUCAGUUCCUUGAUCUCAAUAUGCGAAAAGAUGUCAAAGAAAUCUACAGUCACAUGACAUGUGCUACAGACACACAGAAUGUCAAAUUCGUGUUUGAUGCAGUUACAGAUAUUAUUAUCAAAGAAAAUCUGAAGGACUGUGGGCUCUUCUAAUCCACUCAAUUCCUUAGGUCUUCAAAUAACUCUGGGGGAAGUGAUGCUGUGAAAAGACCACCAGCUACAAUGAAUACAUUUGUUGCUGUCACAGGAUAUUACCUUUUAGCGGUGCAAUGUAAUCUUGUGAAUCAAUCAUAAGAACAUCACAAUGCAUCUUCACAUAUAUUCCUAUUUAAUCAGAACCACAGUUGAAAGGAACAAUUUAGUCCAUGUUUAGACAAUACAUGAGGGAUAUAAGACUGAAAGUGACCUUGGCAAGACCGCAGGAGUAGGCUGAAGCAAGGAAAGACCAGCACUCCAAAUAACUCAAUGAAGACUCACAGGGCUUUCAAUUCCUGUAUCCUACAUAAGCAGGGAUAAAAAACAACUAGUAAUUUCUUUUAUCUAUUGGGAAUCACUCUUAUACAUAUAUAAGUCUCUUAGUUAUAUUUGGAGAACUCAAAGAACACUGGGGUGGUAGGAGGGGGUAUGCAGAGUAUAGGAGAAGAUAAACUAAGAUGUACAAAAUUUAGGAUUUCCAGCUAUCAAAAUUACAGCUUAGUGAAUGCUAACACACUCGGAUAGUGUUUCUCAGCAGUAUAUUAGCACUCAUUGAUAUUUUAUUAUUUCUGCUACCUUGUGAUCACCACUAGAUUUCAGGAAAACAUUGCUAUUGGGCAUAAAGAGACUAACAUUCUCUGUCACAGGACUUUCAUC